UUUUAGAAAAUGGUCGACUGGUUUCUUGUGGAUCAAACGAUUGCUCAACUUGGAUUCUAUCUUACAACAACUUCACAGUUGGUAUUGAUUUUUCUUACAAUCUUCUAUGUAAGAAAAGAUUUGGGCGCCUACAAGCGCUUGAUCGUGUUGUUUGCAGCAAUGGGAAUUGCGUUUGCGAGUAUUGAGUUUGUGAUGUAUCCGGUCCUUCAUUCUUUUAAUGCUGGUUAUGUAUUCUACACAACCAAUCGUCCUCUGAAUGUUUCAAAUGAAACUCUGACUGUUCUGCUAGCAGUCUACACUGCCCUAUACUCUAUCACAAUUUCUCUUCUUGCCGUGCAAUUUGUCUAUCGAUACAUUGCAGUGUUUCAUUCAGAAGGUCUCAGAUUCUUCAAAGGUUGGUAUUUUCUACUUACGAUUGUGUACUCGUAUUGGUUCGGAUUUGAAUGGGCACUCGGAUUGUAUAAACUGGACGAAGCAGAUGAAUACGCAAUAGAGUAUAUGCGACAAGAACUGAUGGAUGUCUAUCAGGUGAAUAUUUCUCAAGUCCCGUGUGUGAUAAAUUUGAUAUAUCAAAACCUUCCCAACUCCACCGAUACAUUCAUCCGAUGGCGGUGUGUCAUGUGUACACUUAAUAUGACAUUCAUCAUGAUUGUCCAAUAUGGGGUGAUGAUAUUCUGUGGAUCACACUUGUAUUUUGAAAUGGAGGAGAAACUAAAAAUGGUGUCGGAUCAGGAAAGAAAGCUUCACAAGCAAAUAUUCAAGACAUUGAUGCUUCAAAUCACUACACCAACAAUUGUCUUGUUCUCUCCGAUCAUCUACAUCAUCUCCGUACCAUUUUUCAACAUUGAAGUUAGUGUCCCUACAGGAGUAUUUCUAUCUGUUUUUACUCUAUACCCUGCUCUCGACGCGUUCAUCAUUAUGUAUGUAAUCACUGAUUACAGAAAAGCAAUUCUAAAGAUUCUUAGAAGAUCAGGUUCGGGCAGUGUUACACAUCCAACACGUUACACCACAUCGCGUACAGACACUUAAAGAGGCGCCACGUGGCACGAUUAAGCGGAAACAGUGUACAUAGAUUCAAUGUUUCUUGCCUUUGUAAGAAAAAGAGUAUGAAGCCCUUUAUUCACAACUUUACUUUAUUCAUUUGUAUUUCAGUUUAUAUAUAAAAUUAGAUGUUUUGUA